GGUCAAGCCCUUGAAGCCAAGUCCCAAUAUCUCGAGCGCAUACAAUCUUCAUACUUCGCGAAUGUUUCCGCUCCUCUGAAUAGCUCAUACCGGCCAGCUUGGCUCCCUAUUUCCGCCACAAACCCUCUUCCUCAACUGUCAUCAUGGCCUCUGCUGUCUUCUUUCUCGACCUUAAGGGAAAGACCCUCUUGGCUCGGAACUACAGAGGAGAUAUCCCUAUGUCAGCUGUUGAGAAGUUCCCAAUACUUCUGAGUGAUGCAGAAGAAGAAAGCUCCGCUGUCCCACCAUGCUUCUCAGACGAAGGAAUCAAUUACCUUUAUAUCCGACAUAAUAAUCUUUACCUCUUAGCCCUCACAAAACGGAACACAAAUGCCGCCGAGAUCCUCCUAUUCCUCCACAAGAUUGUUGAAGUCUUCACCGAAUAUUUCAAAGAGCUCGAGGAAGAAUCGAUACGAGACAACUUCGUCGUUAUCUACGAACUUCUUGAUGAAAUGAUGGAUUUUGGCUACCCACAAACUACCGAAUCAAAGAUCUUGCAAGAAUACAUCACACAAGAAUCGCACAAGCUCGAAGUCCAAGCACGGCCACCAAUCGCUGUCACGAACGCUGUCUCGUGGCGAUCAGAAGGUAUCAGAUAUCGGAAGAACGAAGUGUUCUUGGACGUUGUCGAAUCUCUCAACCUCCUCGUCUCCUCCAACGGCAAUGUCCUGCGGUCCGAAAUUCUUGGGGCUAUAAAAAUGAAGUGCUAUCUUUCUGGUAUGCCAGAGUUACGGUUGGGGCUGAACGACAAAGUGAUGUUCGAGACAACGGGACGGGCAACUCGAGGGAAGGCUAUUGAGAUGGAAGACGUCAGAUUCCAUCAAUGCGUGCGCUUAGCACGCUUUGAAAACGACCGCACAAUUUCGUUCAUACCUCCUGAUGGUGAAUUCGAACUCAUGUCCUAUCGGCUGAAUACAGCGGUGAAGCCUUUAAUCUGGGUAGAGUGUAUCGUGGAGUCGCACUCGGGAAGCAGAAUCGAAUACAUGCUGAAGGCAAAGGCACAAUUUAAGCGUCGGAGUACAGCCAACAAUGUUGAAAUAACAGUUCCCGUUCCAGAAGAUGCGGACUCUCCAAGGUUCAGGACGAAUAUCGGCAGUGUUCACUAUGCCCCGGAAAAGAGCGCGAUUGUGUGGAAGAUCAAGCAAUUUGGUGGUAAUAAGGAGUUCCUAAUGCGAGCCGAAUUAGGUCUGCCUAGUGUGAAGGGUGAUGAUGAACAUGGCGGCGGCAUGACUGGUGGUUUUGGUGGAAGCAUGGGAGGUGUCGGAGGGAAGGGAGCAAAGAGGCCGAUCAGUGUGAAGUUUGAGAUCCCGUACUUCACCACGAGUGGUAUUCAAGUGCGGUAUCUGAAAAUCAUAGAGCCGAAGCUUCAAUAUCCGUCACUCCCAUGGGUCCGCUACAUUACACAAUCAGGCGACAUUGCUGUGAGAUUACCAGACGUUAGCACUAAUACUGGAGCUGGACCGAGAUGAACAAUUUCUAGCAAAUUACAGCGGAGGAGUACAAGUUUCGAGAAUUUCAAUGUUGGGGAAAGGCGAGGGAAUGCAUUCCAGGCGUCAGGUAAUAGAUUCUCAAGCUGAUGCAUUGGCUUGUAGAUAGCUAGGCCGUCAAAACAUACAGAGUGAAGGCGAAAGGACAAACACAUGAGCAUCGAUCGUCCAACUUUUGCUGCAAUCUUGACGGCGAAUUCUUUGACGCUAUCCGUGCCCAGAGCCAGAUUGCUGAGGCUGCAGUUUUCUUGUCCGUCCCACGAUCAUCUGCAUAGAGAAAUGAAUGGAGUGGAACUGCGAGUGCAGACGAAGCAGAUGCGUUGCUUUCUUGCCUUCUCAACCUAUAUCAUCUAUUGCAC